GUCGCUCCUUUUUCGCCCCUGCUGCUGCCAUCUGCCCGUGUACCAAACCAUAUAUAUUUUGAACAAGAACACAUUGCGCCUUGUGUGACAUAAGCGGAACGGCAUGACAGAAGCAACACGGUAGCCGCAAAGCAAUUCGCAACGUCAACUAGCGACUGCGCAUACUUUUGACCAUCUUAGCCGUCUGCCAUGACUACCAACAACUUACGAGGAGGUGGGCCGGCCACCUCAGAGGAGAGCGACUUCCCACGACCUCAAUUUCCCGCUGGACCUCCAAGUAUAAUAUCCUCCCGCAUGACGGACAUUGCAUCCGAGGAUGGAGAUCGUUUUGCGGAAGAGCAACCACCAGCCACUACUGGUAACCCACAAAGGAGAAGUCUCAUAGGGUCGGAAUCGCGCCCCGGAACCGCCAGGACAGGCUUGUCUUCUUCCAGAGGUGCAUGGUCACAAGCGACACCGCUACGGCGAGGGUUCCAAAGAGGGAGUCUGAGUGGCAGCAUAUCUGGUUCCACGUCUGGUCGACCGCCAAGCUCAACAAGCAAAAGCCACGUCCCGUCACUGACGUCGCAUGCCUUCUUUCAUCCCAUGAGUUCACAAAAACUCCAAGCGCAGAGGGGCGCAUCGAGACCGUCCACUAUGAACCAGCAACAAGGGACCAUAGAAGAUGCUGCUGCCGAGAACCAUGCUCAUAUUGCACAGCAGCGUGGCAUGACCGCAAGUCCGAUUCAUCGCAUUGCACGGGAGCCUGUCGACGACGCUGACAUUCAGCCACCGCCUUCAAGAGGGACAGAAAUGACCGAACAGGAGACCUAUGAUAGAAUAACCGCCAACACGAGCCCUACCCACGGUCAUACGGCAGGCAGUCUCAGCGAUAGUCUACGGCCUUUGCAUCGAAAACCAGCUGAGGCUCUCAACCUGAGCAUAGAUGUCGAUAAGAGCAAAAACCAGAAUCUUGGUGCCAACAUAUCGACUCCCAUGAAGUCACCACGGUCGUUCAGGUCCAACUUUUUGAGCCCCAAAGGAGAGUCAGCAAACCAGAACCGCACCAUGGCCGGUGCCGAGAAGCUUUCCUCUGGCGCAUCAUCACCACAGCUUACACCGGUUGGUACCGCCACACGUACUGAUAAGGACAAAAUUAUACAAGGCAAACACCCCAGUCUUGGUCGCAAUCACGAAUACUUUGAGGGAAACACAUUUUUCUGCAUUGGGGGGCGGCUUCAGAACACACGGCACCGUCCCAUCAAUAUCGCUACAGGUUCAUUCGUCGUGAUACCGGCUAUCUUGUUCUUUGCCUUUUCAGCGCCUUACCUAUGGUAUCAGGUCUCACCAGCGGUUCCUAUUGUGUUCGCCUACAUAUUCUAUAUCUGUAUAUCUUCUUUUCUUCAUGCAUCAGGAUCUGACCCCGGGAUCUUACCGCGCAAUCUGCACCAGUUUCCGCCCCCGGCUAAUGACGAAGAUCCUCUACGGCUGGCACCACCCAUGAAUGAUUGGACACUUAUCAAAUCGGCCGAGUCCAGUACUGCCGCUAUGGAGGUUCCAACUAAAUAUUGCAAGACUUGCCAAAUCUGGCGUCCACCUCGAGCUCAUCAUUGCCGACUAUGUGAUAAUUGUGUCGAAACACAGGAUCAUCACUGCGUUUGGUUGAACAACUGCGUUGGUCGCCGCAACUAUCGUUACUUCUUUACCUUCGUCACUUCAGCAUCAUUACUGGCCGCGUACCUGUUCGGCGCCUCGCUGGCCCAGAUUCUCUUAUAUGCGAAGAACGAGGGCGUAUCGGUCGGUUCAGCAAUCGACCAUUUUCGAGUCCCAUUCGCUAUGCUCAUCUAUGGGAUAAUCGCUUUCAUAUAUCCUGCUGCUUUGAUGGGUUAUCACGUGUUCCUCAUGGCUAGAGGCGAGUCAACACGAGAAUUCCUGAACUCUCACAAAUUCCUCAAGAAAGACCGUUACCGUCCAUUCACCCAGAGUAGUGCGUGGAAGAACUGGGCCGUUGUUCUUUGCCGCCCGCGCCCACCAACAUACUAUCGAUUCAAGAAUCGGUUUGAAGAAGGAGAUCAGCGGUUAGCUGCCAAAAAGGUUCAACAUAUCGCCAGAAUUUCGGGCAACGGACAAGAGAUGGAAAUGCAAGAUGUGCCGCCGUCAUCUUCAGGUUUCCAAGGCCCGGUAUCUUUGCGAAGCGACCGUAACGCGACAUAAUUUUUUUAUUUCUUUUUUCGGGGUUCAAAGUUGUUUUCGUUGCUUUCCUGGCAACAUGUAUGUAUGGCUGCCCGUCUUGUAUUUACUGUGUAAUGUCUUCACCUCUAUACCCCCAGUCACUUUCUUCAUGUACUAUAAGCGAAAAGAAUCGAUUCUGCAAAGCCAGUGUCACAGACAAAAGCAAUAUAAAAGCGAUAGCGAGAUUAGCUCUAAUCAGAUGUACG